GUAGCGGAGUUGGCAUCAGUGGACCGGACGACCUGCUGAGUGCCGACCGACCUCUAAUACGCAGUCGUACUGGAUCCUUGUGAAGUUUCCUGGACUUGUCACUUCUUGAACAUUGAGGUGUGACCCCUUGUGAGGUGGGCAUCCACCAGCUCCAGACAAAAUGAAAGUGAAUAAUUCUGAGGGGAUUGAUAACAUGGGCCAAGAAGAAUAUGAGAAUGUCUCCAACCUCGCCUCAUCUUUGGGUAGGCUGUCUCUCCACCUCAAAGACAAUGACCUACCAGAAGUGGAGCACUCCCUUGCAAAGAUCUCCUUACAUGGGCAGGAUGAGGAGGAUAGCCCCCAAGAAAGCCAGAAUGAAGAGGAACAGGAGGAUAAGGAACCCAUAGAUUUAGUACAGCACACAUCUCCUAGUCAUGAAGAAGAAAAUGACGGAAACAAGAAGAGUGAAGACAAGGUGAAGGAAGUUUGUUCAGAUAAGAUGAGUCAGGAAGAGAGCACGAUAAAGGUAGAAGAAGAUCUGAGCCAUGAUGAGGAAAAGGACAUCACUGUCCCUACCAGAGAUGCAACUCUUAGAAUAAAGACUGAAGUGUCUUCUGACUCUGAAGAAGAGAAAGAAGAAGAAAAUGAUGAAAAGAGUGAAGAGAUAAAAGAAGUGGUCAAUGCUGAUGAACCAGAAGUAAAGGAAAAAGUGAAGGAUGAAUCAAUAGAGAAAGAAGAGGAUCACUCAGAUGAUGAAAAUCCACCAGAUGAGGUGAAACAAGAAAAGAAGCCCUCCAAACUUAGGACCAGAGGGGGCGUUGAAAUCAACAACUACUAUAUGUAUAAUUCAGGUGGUCGGCAGAUGUGUGAGUCACAAUACCAACAGAGAAUACGUGAACCAGACUAUUCUCUUCCAGGCCCUUAUGGAGCAAAUAAUUUAAUCAACUAUAACUGUGGGAGUGUGAGUCCUCAGUAUGCUCAGUCUCUUGACUCCCCACCCAUGUACCCAAUUCAGGGAGGAGUGACAGACUCAGAUAUGUAUGGCGCAAAUGGAUCUGACAACUACACAUAUGGCCCCUCUUCAAGCCCCACAAGCAUGCAAGCUGGUACUUUGUGUGUGAGUCCUCAGUAUGCUCAGUCUCCUGACUCCCCAAGCAUGUACCCAAUUCAGGGAGGAGUGACAGACUCAGAUAUGUAUGGCGCAGUAAGUUAUACAAAUGGAUCUGACAACUACACAUAUGGCCCCUCUUUAAGCCCCACAAGCAUGCAAGCUGGUACUUUGUGUGUGAGUCCUCAGUAUGCUCAGUCUCUUGACUCCCUAAGCAUGUACCCAAUUCAAGGAGGAGUGACAGACUCAGAUGUGUAUGGCGCAGUAAAUUAUACAAGUGGAUCUGACAACUACACAGAUUGUUCAUCAAGCCCCAGAAGGCAGCAACUUACUUUUUUGGAUGAUAAUGGGGUCCACACAGAAUCAACUGAACUUCAACAGGUUCUGGAGGUAAUCGACAAAGUGGAACGUGAAAACUUGUCAUACCGUGCUCCUGUAAAUAAAUUGCAGAUAAUAAUUCAGAACUUGACUCAUGAGCUCUGUGAAGGUGAACCAAAAUGGUCUGACAACAGUUGGAAGAUGGAAUUUGACCGUCAGCAGCUCCUCCAGGCUAGAAAGAUGGUGGCAAGCAAGACCAAUGAAGGUGUUGUUAGAAAGGAUGAGGAUGGUGACACACCAUCCAUGAUUAUGGCAUGUAGGCCUGUGGACCAAGAUGGCUACACAGAGAACUUAAUGGCAUUAAUAGAACGACAGGAAGAUAUUCUCCUCUGCUGUGAUGAAGUUGUCAAUAGGACAACUGGACAGUGCACCAAAUGUGGCAAUAGUAAUCAGGACACAUUCUAUACUUCACUUUCCAUUAAAAACGUGCAGGGUGACUCAAUUCUGAGUAGUGUAAUUAAAAUAAAGCAUCCAGUGAGUGUGAUUAACUACGUCUUUAAGAAAAUUGAAAGUCGUCGCAGUGACUACAUUAGAAUUUUUGGCAGCCCUGACUACAAAUAUAAGAAUAUAAACCCAAUCCUGGAAAGCCCUGACUUGUUGUUUUACCACAAAUACAAGAAUAUGUACCCAAUCCUGGAAAGGGUUUUUAACUAAAUAUCUACUUGGUGAUGAAGGAGAAGAAUCAGGUUGUUCAGGAGUGCUUUAUAGGCAGUACAGGGUAUGUUGUAGUAGUUUUUUACGUCUGUCACCAAAUAAUUGGUAAUUGUGUUUCUGAAACUUUUUGGCUCUUCAUAUGAAGUUAAGUUUGUGGUGUUAUUGUAAUGAAAGUAAAGCACCAUGAGUGAUGUGCUGAAUUUUGAUGUUUUCUUUUGUUUGUAAGUGUUCAAAGUUUUACUCAAAAGGUGUUCUUUAUGUGUGUAUGAAUUGAUUUGAAUGAUAUACUGAUGUUUUGAACAUUUAUGAUUGUAAGUGUUAAAGGUUUUUUAAAAAUAUAUUCUUUAUUUACUUAAAGUUAUUUACUGAACUGAUUUUUUUUAAAUACUGUACUGUACUGUAUACUGUAUUGUAUUUUUUUGUGAUUGUAGCAGUUUACCCAAAAAAAUGAUUUAGGAGAGAAAGAUAUAAAAUUUAGCUGUACAGUAUACUGUACUGUAUAUCUUGAUAACUUUUAUUAUGAUAUUGUUUAGUGUUAAUGCCUGUUAUUUUUUCUUCUUGUAACUCAAGGUCAUUCCACAUAAGCCUUUGUAUUCUUUAUUGUUUGAAAACUAGUUUUUCCAAGGUAUGUGUAGAUUGUGCAUUAGAACUCUUGAUAUUAUUAAUUUGUAUCAUUACAGAGUAAAAACUAGACAAAGGUUGAAAAUGAAGUCAUAAAAGAUGUACAGUAUGAAAAAAUCACGUAAAAGCCAGUGAAACAAUUGUGAUAAGAACAUAGGAUAAAUGAUAGAGUAGUAGAGAAUUGGAAGUUGUCUCUGCAAGAGAAGGUAUAGUGAGUAUCAAGAGGCUGUGCUAUGGGAAAGAUCCUAAAGAGGUCAUAUGCAAUGGAGGCAUGAAAUGAUGUGGGAAAUGAAUGAAGACACAAGUCGCACUGUAUAAUUCCAACUUCAUAUAAGAAGAGAAGUAUUAUGGUGAAAAUAUAUGUCCUUUCAUUCAGGCCUCUUCUUCAUACUGUAUAUGUUGUGUGACACUGGACUAGAAAAAAUCGCCAUUAAAAGAGUAAUACAGGUACAGUACUUUACAUGUAGUACAGAGACAUUAAUUAUAUUUAUACCUGUUGUCUUCUCCAGUUUGCCUCUUAUUUCUCGGUUUCUGUUUUGUGUCUUAUACCAUGCUUAAAUGUACAGUUACAUGUAUUCAUCAUCAUUCAGUGUUGCCAUCUAUCCAUUCCAUUACCAUAUUCACAAUAAAGUUAAGGCAGUUGGCUUGUGGAGAUAUAAAAGUUAAAGAUAAGGGAAAUAGAAGAGAAAAUGGGUCGGAAAAAGAAGGGAGAGAAAGGAAUACUCUAGACUCUAGAGUAAGGUAAAGGCAGUGAAUGGGAUUCUGAGAGUGUGGAGAUUAAGAAUAGGAUUAAGGAUAUUGAAAUUGAGAAGAGGAAGACCUCAAAGUUCACAAGGCAGGGUUUGAUGCAAACAAUGUUGUGUCAGUAGAGUUGCUUUGAUCUAUAAUAUUUUCAGCCAUAUUAAGGCAUCACAUCAUGAUAAUGAUUUUUCGGUUCAUAGACAACCAGUGAAUAUUUUCAUAACAAACACAGGCUCCAAAAAUGGUACUGAGCUUUCUGUAAACCUCCAGUGUGAUCCUUUAAGUGGUACUCUGGAAUUCCUACCACAUAAUACAGUACUGUAUUUGAUAUCUGUCACAUUAAAGACUCAAGUUUAUUGUAAAAGAAUGAACUUGUGCAUCUUCAAAUGUUCAUGUUUUACUUAAUUUAAUAACCAUUACAGUAUUUGCUCAGUUACUGAUAUAGUUGGCUCAAAACAAAGUCAUUAGUCUUCUUACAUGACAAUUGUGUACUGUUCAGAUACCUACAUGCAUCACUUAAAUGAAGGCAGUCAGAAAGUGUAUUUUUUUUUAAUUCUAAGUGAAGUUUUUGAAGAGAAGUAUAAAGAGGGGAGAGUGUGACCCUGCCAAUCAUAACAGGUUUCCUGGUCCCUGAUUCCCUUCUGUACAAACACUGGAUAGACCAAAUGCCUGAAUGGCUGGCUAGUAAGCUGAUAAGUGGUCAAAAAAAAAAUAUAUAUAUAUAAUUUAGCUCAUUAGUGUUACAAUGUGCUAAAUCCAUGAAUAUUAUGUAAUUACCACCUGAAUUAUAAACUUUCCACCUCUACCAAUGUCCUGUAUGCAUUUAUUAAUAGAAGGAUAUAUUUAUUCAGAUUAUUAAAAAUAAUUUAUACAGUAUAAAUAGGCAUAAUGUAUUCUGCUUAACAUAAUAGAUGUGUUCCAAAAAAUACUACAUUAAGUGAACCAUGUUUCCCAUUAAUUCCCAUGUUAUAGAUUAUACUAUAGGUAUACCCCUCUUAAUGUAGUACUGUAUCUGUGCACCAAAACAGUAUUUACUAUGUUAAGUGAAACUACAUAUUAUGAAUUAAAAAAAAGUUCCUGGCAAAUAUACUUAAACUCUGAAACUCAAUUGUAAAUAAACAUACAGUAUUAAAUAUACAGUACAUAUAGUCAUGUACUGUAAUCACAUAAAUGGAAUGGUAACACUCAUCAAGAGAUAAUUGAAGAGGCAGCAUAUUGGGGUUUGGUGGUAAAACUACCAAAACAAACACUACAAGCAAGGCUACUUGGCUACAGGAUAGCUACUUAGCCUCAUGUUUGCACAGUGCUGCAAAUCUUAAUUAUUUUAAAUGUUCAAGGUUUAUAAAACUAUGUAAUAGUGUAUCAUGGAUUAUAGUAAAUGAAUAUUUUCCUGAAUAGUAAUUUUAUAAAAAAUAUCAAAAUUAAUUUAAGGUAUGUAAACCCCAUCAUGCAUUAUGACGCAAAUCACGUCUGCCAGCCAUGCUUGUAAGUCGCAUAUGUCUCUUUAUUUACUCUCCCACCUUCCUCACAGUUAUUCAUAUAAAUUCCAAAGUCACCAUUGAAAAGCUCCUAAAAUUCAGCUCCUAUAACUAUAUUACUGUAUACCUUGGUAGAUUUGUCAGAAAAUAUGUGACAUAUGAGGCUGGGAAUACAAUUGUUUUUCUUUGGAGUGAAAAAAUAUACUGGAGUCUUAUUUAUUUAUUUUUUCCAGCUUAUGUUAAAGCCAACAAAAUAACGAAGUCAGUGAUAUACAGUAUACUGUAAAUCUUGCGGGAAAAAAUGUGGGAUAAAUUGGCUGCAGAACAAAGAUGACCAGACCUCACGUCAGUGGGUCCAUGUAACUUUUCUCGUGGUCGUGGAAACAUAAAACUUAAUGCAUGUGCGAUAGGGUUAAAUGAGGGAUAAGUACUUAUACUGUACAUACAGUACAGCACUAGUAUUUCUAAGUCACGUGCAAGCUUAACAUGGUAAAUGUAAUUCUUGUUAACAUUGUUGUGCAGGAAUGUUUUAAUCAUCCUGUAUCAUUAGUACAUGAUAUAUACUACAUUUAUUUAUAGAUUAUGUGCCUAGUACCUGUAUUAGAAAGUGUGAGAAGUAAGUUUAAAUCUAAAGUUUUAUGUUUUUUUUUAAGACAGAAGUUCUCUGCAUUUUGAAAAUUAAAUAACAUACAGGUAGAGAUUGAUGACAUGGGAUGUUGAUGGUACGAUGGUAGAGCAUCUGCUGCUCACCACUGAAAGCUGGGAUUUAUUCCCACUCAGAUCAGAUUUGAGAGGGGGUAUUUCCAAAGUGACCUUACCAAACAUGAAAAAUUUUCUCCAUUGACCCUGCAUCAGCAGUAGACCCAUGGGGGAUGACCCCCCCACCCCCCCCUCUGAUCUUUGAGUAAUCAUAUAUGAAAGAGUUAACUAAUAAAAUGUAUGUACAUGCAUUUGUGUGUGAUAUAGAUAAUUUAAUUUUGAAAAUUGUUUUAAAUGUUUUAUAUGGUCUAUAAUGUUUUCUGUUGUAUUGGAUAUAUUUUUUGUCAUUCUUAAAAUGGUUAAGGAGUGCAUCAAUAUUUUGGUUAUUUUGGUAAACCCACAAUGUACAAAGGAAAUUUACACCCUGUUUUAUUAUGAUUUGGUGUAACAAACUUUUGAAUGAAUAUUUUCUCCCUAUGGUAUACUAUAUAUAUUGCUUCACCUUUAUAA